UUUGGACCGAGUCAAGGCUAUGGCGGGGCAAAAGCUCACGGACUCGGCAUGGCCAGAAUGGCAGCAAGGGCCGUCCAAAACGCCAGGCUUAGUUAAAUAUGACUCUUUAUUUGUAAAGACCUUGGGUGCUCCUGAAAGUGGUUUCGAGCCGGGUCAUAGCACGACGACGUUUGUGCCAUUGAUGAACAUUACACACACAAAGCGCCCGGGCAGCGCGCCCACGGCAAAUACGAAGGAGCUCGGAGUGCAGAAAAAGUCGCCACGUGCACAAGAUAUGAUGCUCAAGCAUCGAGCUAGCGCGCUUAUACAGAGGUACUCAGGGUCCCGCUGGCGAGAAGCCCAACGAACCAAAUGGCUUAUUGACAUCGUGCUGCAUAUCGACGAGGAGUAUCGGGAGUUCAUGACGGAGCAGGCGACUAGAAUCGCAGCGCUGGAGGAGCAACUGCAGAACACCACGACCCUGCACAUGGCGGCCGCGGCAACCAUUGAAGGCCAGAACCAGCAGCUACGGCGGCGCGUGGAGGAGCUGGAGCAGCAACUGCGGCAGUCGCAAGGGGCCCUGCUGGACAUGCAGAACCGGGUCGCAGCGAGCGAGAUUGCGCUGGACGAGGCCGAGGAGGCCACCCAGGCUGCCGCGGAGGAGUGCUACCGGCUGCAGCAGGCAGUGGCGGUGCUUGCGGAGCACGACGCGCACGCUCGCAAGCUGCUGUCCAACCGCACACACCAGAUGCGGGAGGCGCUGCUGGCGUCAAGGGGCCGAGUGCGCCAGGCGUCGCAGGAUAGCCAACGCCAGAGGAUGGAGGUUGCCGCGCUGCUGUCCCAGGAGAAGCAGAAGGCGGAUCAGGAGCGGGCCGCGCUGACCGCCCAGGCGGAGUCGAGCAUGGCCGCCGCUACCACCCUGAUGCAGGCAGCUACUCGGCUGGAGGUGGACAAGCUCAAGUUGGAGCUCGAGGCCUACAAGGAGCCCUGGGUGUACGUGGCGCGGAACAAGAGCCCCACCAGGCGCAAGGAGCUGUCCAAGCAGCUAGGGCUGAAACAAAUGAGCUUUAAUGUACCCGUGCCUUUUUAA